AUGGACCAGCGCUCUCGUAGCAGCCGUCCGAAUCGUCGCAAAACUCUUCCCACUUCCAGCAUACAGUCUGAUACCAGCGCCGGCGCCGAGUCUACCUCGACCAUCAUGACGCGCUCACCCCCCGUUGCUGCCUCUCGCACUCCCCAGACCGCGCCGCAAAAUCGUCGCAGCGUUAAAGUCAUUCCUGUAAACAGCCCCUUCAGCCUUCGCUCCUCCCCCUCCACCACUGCCCCCGGCCCCGGCAAGACAGCCCUGAGGAAGAAGUCUCGCGCUGGCUUUGAAGGCGCCGCCGAUGAAGACGACGAGGCAUACCGCAAGGGCCCUCACACUUUGCGGAAGCGUGCCAAAAUCGAUUACUCGGCCGCCGACUUUGAGGACGAGCUGCCAGAGAUUGCCAUCCCCGCUCCUCGUGCCGCCACCCGCAAGAGGCGCGCUGACAGUGAAGUCGCCGACGACGAGUACUCUACUCCUGCUGCUCAGAAGCGUCGUGCGACCUCGCGAGAUUUUUCCGCCGCCAGCGUCGCCGCCGCCACUCGCCGCCGGACCCCGGCCCGCAGGAGCAUCGUUGAACCGCAGUCCUUCCACUCUCAGCCAUCAGAUGAGGACAUUGUCAAGGAUACUAUCGAGGUCGUCGGCGACUCUUCCGAUCUCGUGAGCUCCGAUGAUGCCUCGGACCAUGACGAGAAGGACAACGACCAUUCGGGUCGCACCUCAAUCCCUGAAAAACAUGAACAGCCUUCAUCCCCUAUCCGCCGCAGAGCCUUAGACGUCCAUCAACUCAUGUCCCCCGUCGACCAGCAAACUGUCAAGCGCGACGACAGGCACUCAAGCCAGGCUCAAGACGUCUCGGCCGUCGCCGCACCUUCUGGCAUGCGCUCUAGUCCCAUCAUGGCACAUCCUCGGCCGAUUCGCUUCAACCAUGUUACCAUUAUCAACGGUCCUGGCUCACGCCCAGAGGCCGAGCAGGUGCCUACGCACCGCACUGAAUUCUCCCAAGAUUUCUCAUUCCAGCCCAAGAGAGAAGCCAGCUCUCCCGUGCGUCCGACCGAAAGCCUGCCGCAGAGAACGGCCCUGCCGGAAGCGGUUGAGUUGGCCACUCGGCAAACUGUGGUUUUCGGCUCACAGGAAAGCUCGGCUCUCGCCGUCUCCGGGAACCAUGAAGCUACCGUCGCCGCCGCCACCACCAACAAUGACCAUGUAACUGUUGCACGACCUGUUGAGGAGGUACCGCAGCCUGCCCCUAAGCGAGACACUCAUGGAGAAGUCGUCAAUGGCCAUGUCGAAGCCGCCAAGUAUGACCUGCCGCCUCAUCAGCAGACAGAAAGCUCGCAGCCUCCUGCUGCUGCGAUGCACGGCACUGAAAAGCACGAUAUCGACGCUGCUGAUUCGUUCAGUGCCCAGCCUGAAAAAUCCUCUCAAUCUAAACACGACAUGAACGGCAACGCCUCGGAAGAGUCAGACGCAGAUACACAGCAUGAUGUUACUGUCCACCCACCAAAAGCUGCGUCUCCGCGGCCCACUUCCAUCCCCAAGACGACGAAAAAACGUUAUGCAUGGUCCCACCUUACGCCCUACAUUGACGGCGAAUAUGUCACCCACUCCAUUUACCCCGUCGCGGUUGAGGCUUCCGCACCGGCUUCCAAUGCUGACGCAGCUGAGGCUGGCGGCGACGCGGAGAAUGCCGACGACGCAGCGUACCAGGCCGACCCGAACGCUGACUACAAGCAGGUUGAUGUUGACGCAGACGAAGAUGGGAACGCGGACGCGGACGCGGAUGGCGAGGGUGAUGACGUCGACCGCGACGCUGAGCAUGACGAAGAUCUUGCGCCCGACAGCCAGGGCCAACCACUGUCCCAAGGUUCUGCCUAUAACUCCGCGGCCCCUACUCCUGCCCUUACGCCCCGUCAAGGCUCACCGGUAUUGCCCGCUGCCAUCACCGGUACGAGCACGCCGGCUCCACUCAUGCCCAAGCAGCGCUUCCGCAAGCAGUACAAGUUCAAGAAGAUUAGAGAUCCCACCGAGUUCGCUGCCUACCUAAAGGACACCAAGGAACUCUCGGAUGAGGAGCUCUGGUAUCUCCUGGAGAAGGCCAACGAGUGCCUCGUCGCCUAUCAAGAGGAGUAUAAGAAGUGCACCAGAAUCGUAGACGAUCAGGAGAACGCCCAACGUCGAGCCGCUCAAGACACCGCCUUCGAAAAGAAGACGGCAGACCUAAACGCCUUUGCCAAGGUAGACUCGUAUAUUGAAAAGGACUUUGAGGUGCAGGGCUCUCGAGCUACCAUCAAAGAGAAGGACGCGGGGAUUCUCGAUCAACGCUGGCAAGACAGGAUCAUGGCAAAUGCAUACGGCUUCGAAUACGACCCUCACCCCAACAAGAUCGGCAACCAAGACCCCGGUGCGCAGAGAGAGGGCGGUGGUGAGGGAGGCCGACAGCUCCGAAGCCAGCCUCAGGCGAGCGCCAAGGCGGCCGAGGGCGACGGCGUCAUUGUCUCGGGCAAAAGAGCCCGCAACCCCCCCAAGUUGUUCGACGGUGUGUUGCAAGACGACCACCGUGCAGCAACUCCAGGAAGUAACAAGCCCGGCCCCAGGAGAAGGGGAAGGGCUGCUGCCGCAGACAAGGCCGCCUCGCAAGAGCAGGAGCCGGAUGAGCCGGAGCCCCAAGCAACCUCGCCAGCCAGGCCCGGACCGAAGAAAAGGGGACCGAGGGGCAGGAGGUCUGCCGUGGUGGUGUCUGAGCCUGGUACUCCUGUACCUGAGGAGGACGCCGUCGCGCCGCCUCCCGAGCCAGAGCAGGCGCAGCCCCUGAAGCGUAAGCGUGGGCGCCAGCCAAAGUCGGCGGCCGUCGUUAUCGAGGAACCCGAGCCAGAGGAGCCAGAGAAGCCGGCCCCAAAGCGUGGUCGCGCGGCGAAGAGACAGAGCAACGGCCAUGUCACCAGUACUGCUGAGACGACUGACGAGUCUCGCCCAACAUCGUCGUCCUCCAACGCUACCAUCUCAGAUGACGGUUCAACCUACGGGCUGCGCCAGAACAAGCGGCAUCGGAACUGGAAAGAGGAGACCGUCGCCGACGAAGAGGAACCGGAGCCGGAACCCCAGCCAAAGAAGUCUCGCAUCAUCCGUAUCAACCGGAAACAGAGCGCGCCAGAGCUCGCGCCCAGGAAGACGGCGUCGGAGAAGAUCCUCACAGAGCUCCACGACUUCUCGACAUCGUCGACUGCGCCCGACUCUCCCCGUUUGACGGUGUCCUUUAAGCUUAUUGGAAAAGACCACUGGACCCUCAAGCCUGCGCCAUCCCCGCGCCAAACCUCGACGGACGUCAGCGAGUACAACCUUGCGACACCCCGACCAGCACCAGUCUCUGCGCCCGCAUCCGCAAAGUCCUCGGCACCACCAAGCCAGGCCGGAGAGGAGAAGGACUACUCCACCAUGACCAAGUCGGAGAAGAUGUCGGCGUCAAUGAAGAAACGAUGGCUCAACGGCAGUAUGCAGGGUGCCGUCAACAAGAGAAAGGCAACUCUCGCUGCGAAGAAGCAAGCGGCAGCACUUGCCGAGGCUCAAGCCGCCCAAGCCGCCCAGCAGAAGGCGAUGUCAUUCCAGCAAAUCGGACCCUUCCCCAUGGGGCCGAGCAAAUAG